AUGCUCUGGAUAUGGGGGAGUACGCGGGACAUUGCAGAGUUUCGCGACAGGCCUCGGUACGCUCAUGCGCGCCAACCGAGACAAGGGGGAGGCGUGUUGCGGUCCUCUAUCUUGGCAGACACGAAGAAUGCUUUGCUGGCCCCUCCGUCAAAGGAUUCAGGUGGGAACCUGUUAGAGGGAUACAGCGACACAGCGGCCACUCUGACCCCACAGCAGGACGAGGAUGAAACGUACGGCGUUUCGUGGCUGCAGCAGGGCGCGCCUGGCAAGCCCCGGGUGAAGGGGGCGUACGUCUCCAAGGUGACGAAUACCGAGAGAGAAGUGAGCAGGGGCCCGGCUCCCGGGAAUGGCCGAUACGGCCUCGUGGUGCAGGGGGAGGACCUCAAGAAACUGAAAGAGUUCAUUGUGAAGAUUCCACAUUUCCACAAGAAGCCGACAUGGAUGGACUUGCAACUCUUGAUGAAUGAGACACAAUGCCACAAAAUGUUUCCGAAGCUAGGCGUGAUUGUAUACGUAGUCUGGUGCGCGGCGAUACCAUUCUUUGAGGCCGGUGAGGCAGGAGUCAGGCAACUGGUGCCCAGCCACGCGUACGGCUUCGUUCCUGCAAACGUCAGGAAGCUGAUUGAGAGGUUUCUUCACUCUUCGCCGCAGCAGCGCCUACUCCCUAUUGCAGCAGUGCAGACGUCGGUGUUCAAGGAUAUCGAAAAUUCGAUAGCUGCAGCACUACAACUGAGCAGAGUCACUGAGGUCAGCGAGUGCCCGUGA